AUGUCUUCUUCAGGGGAAAACCUAGAAAAGUACAGAAUUCCACUGGAUGACAUCCUACGUGUCACAAGUAAUUUCAGUCCAGACACACGAAUCGGAGAUGGUGGAUUCGGUAUGGUCUACAUGGGAGAACUCUCUAAAGACGGGAAAACGCGCACAGUAGCCAUCAAACGUCUCAAUCAGGAUGGUUAUCAAGGAAACAACGAGUUCCGUAAUGAACUUGAGAUGGUUUCCAGUUUCCAUCAUCCAAACAUCAUUACUUUCAUUGGCUACUGUGACGAGGCCAAUGAGAUGAUCAUAGUUUACGACUAUGCAAAGAAUGGAAGCCUUGAUCAUCAUCUCCAAAAUCCAGAUAAGAUGCGUAGCUUAACAUGGGCACAACGCUUGAAGAUUUGCUUAGGUGCAGCAAAAGGGCUCAAGUACCUUCACUCAGGUCUUGGGGAGCACAAUAGAGUGAUUCACAGAGACAUGAAGAGUGCAAAUAUACUCUUAGAUGACAAUCUGGAAGCAAAAAUCUGUGAUUUUGGUUUGUCAAGAUUUGGUGCAAGAAACCUGGAAGAUACCCAGCUCAUAACAAAGAUUGCGGGUACAAGGUUUUACAUGGAUCCCCUUUACGCUGAAAGAAGCAGGCUCACGAAAGAGUCAGACAUGUACUCGUUUGGAGUGGUUAUGUUUGAAAUGUCAAGUGGGACACUUGUUUAUCAUCAAAAGUGCUUUGGAGAUGAUGAAAACCCACAAUAUCUCUUUGAUGUGGUCCGGAGCUGCUAUGACGAUGACAAAAAAGCUGCCAGACCAGACAAGUUAAUUGAUCCUUUUAUUAAAGAUCAUACUGAUAUGAACUCUUUUCAUACAUUCAACAAAAUUGCACACAAAUGUGUAAACCUGAAGUUAGAGCAACGCCCAACCAUGGAGAAAAUCAUCAGGAAGAUAGAGCAAGCAUUGGGAAUUCAAUUGAACCAUGAUGAAUCACCUAGCACACGAAGCCUAGACAGUUUUCUAAUUCCACUGGAGGAAAUAAACUCGGCAACCCAAAACUUCAAUCAGGAAACACGUAUAGGAUCCUAUGAAUAUGGUGUUGUCCAUAGAGGACAGCUCUAUGAACGGUGGCAAAACCGCACCAUGGCCAUCACCCGCUUUAAUCGGGAAAGCUAUCGAAGGUGGGGCCAAGAUUUUAAUAAAGAACUCCGGAUGUUAUCGAUUUUUCACCAUCAAAACAUCUCCCGUUUCAUUGGUUACUGUGAAGAAGCCAAUGACAGAAUUAUAGUUCAUGAAUAUGCUGUCAAUGGAAACGUUGCUGAUCAUAUCGGACACCAAGGGACGAAUAAGUUGCCUACCCUAACAUGGGCACAACGCUUGAAGAUUAUCCAAGGCGUAGCAAGAGGACUCCAGUGCCUUCAUUUGGCUCUUGGGGAGGGAAGUAGAGAAAUAGAGGGGAGCAUUAUGUGUGAAAACAUAUUGUUAGAUGAAACUAUGGAACCCAAAAUUUCUUUUUUCGGUGUCAAGACAAGGUCCGACAUACCACAAACCCCGAGAACAUAUAUCAGAUAUGUACUCAUUUGGCGUGAUAAUAUUUGA